CAUCUCUCUAUCCCUCCCUCCUUCCUCCCUCCUCUAUCACCCCUCCUCUAAUCCUCCCCAUCCCUCUGUUCCAUUCCCAGAUUAUCCAUUUUUAUUCAUUUGUUAACGUAUUAGCUCUAUAAAGGAUUUUUUUUUUUAACGGUUCACCCUAUCUCAAUCCUAUACGCCUCUCCUUCACUAGCAUCUCAUCGGCGCAUCCAGACACACAAACACACAAACUUGAAACACACACCGGACCGCUCGCUAACACAACACAGCAGCGAUGGAGACCACCAAACUGCCCCCGACCAGCCCGUCCUCCCCGACCACCGGGUUCUCUGUACCGUCAGCGGAGAAGGUGGAUGGGUUUCCCCGGCGCUCGAUGCGCAGAGCCCGGCAGAGGCGCUCCCACUCCUCGUCCCAGUUCCGCUACCAGAGCUCCCAGGUCGAGCUGACGGCACUGCCGCUACUCAAAGAUGCCCCUGUGGCAGAGCUCCAUGACCUGUUCUGUAAGAAGCUGCAGCAGUGCUGCGUCCUCUUUGACUUCCUGGACUGUGUGGCAGACCUGAAGGGGAAAGAGAUCAAACGAGCUGCGCUCAACGAACUGGUGGAGUCUGUUGCUACAAGCAGAGGAGUUCUGAUAGAGCCACUCUACCCAGAGGCUAUUAAGAUGAUCUCAGUGAAUAUCUUCAGGACGUUACCUCCCAGUGAGAACCCAGAGUUUGACCCGGAGGAGGAUGAACCCACUCUAGAGGCCUCCUGGCCACACCUGCAGCUGGUGUAUGAGUUCUUUCUGCGUUUCCUGGAGAGCCCAGACUUCCAGCCCUCCAUGGCCAAACGCUAUGUCGACCAGAAGUUUGUUCUUCAGCUGUUGGAAUUGUUUGACAGUGAAGAUCCGAGGGAGAGAGAGUACCUCAAGACCAUCCUGCAUCGUGUCUACGGCAAACUGCUCGGCCUGCGGGCGUACAUACGCAAACAGAUCAACAAUAUCUUCCUCAGGUUUAUCUAUGAGACUGAGCACUUCAACGGUGUGGCAGAGCUACUGGAGAUUCUGGGCAGCAUUAUAAACGGGUUUGCUCUGCCCCUGAAGUCGGAACAUAAGCAAUUCCUGGUUCGAGUCCUGAUCCCUCUACACUCAGCCAAGUCCCUGUCCAUCUUCCACGCACAGUUGGCGUACUGUGUGGUCCAGUUUAUGGAGAAAGAUUCUACAGUCACAGAAUACAUCAUACGAGGGCUCCUCAAGUACUGGCCCAAAACCUGCACCCAGAAAGAGGUGAUGUUCCUAGGGGAGAUAGAGGAGAUACUGGAUGUGAUCGAGCCAUCUCAGUUUAUCCGUGUUCAGGAGCCUCUCUUCAAACAGAUCGCUGCCUGCAUCUCCAGCCCACACUUCCAGGUAGCGGAGAGGGCUUUGUACUUCUGGAACAACGAGUACAUCCUGUCUCUGAUAGAGGAGAACUGUCAGGUGAUUCUACCUCUGGUCUUCGCCACGCUCUACACAGUGUCCAAGGAGCACUGGAACCAGACUAUAGUCUCUCUGAUCUACAACGUUCUGAAGACCUUUAUGGAGAUGAACAGCAAGCUGUUUGAUGACCUCACUGCCUCUUACAAAGUGGAGAAACAGAAGGAGUUGAAGAGGGAGUGUGAGCGUGCAGAGCUGUGGCGGGGGCUGGAGGAGCAGCAGGAGAGGAGACUGCAGACCCUGGGGGAGGCCAGUCGCAAUCAGAAGAACCUCCAGGAGAGAGGGGAGCCUCCUCAGCCCUCCUCCCCACAGACAGCAUUCCCUGAGCAGCCAAACCCCGAGCUCAGCGGAGCCUCCUCUAACACCUAGAGCCAGACAGUGGAGGAUCAGUACCAGGAUACAUAGAGUACUUAGAGGACAUACAGAGACAGUAUACACAGUCACACACACACACACACACACACACACACACACACACACUGAGAACGUACACAUGAACGCACACGUAGUCACACACAGGAAUAUACUGUGUACACACACACUCAUGCAGAAUGUAAACAAAAGAUGAAUUAACUCAAACACAUAGACUGACACUCACCCUGUUAGACUAGAUACACCUACAUUGAAGUACAAACACAGCCCUCUACACACUUACUACAAGACUACCCACACACACACACUGCCCAUCUUAAACAAGACAUAUUUUACUCUCUCUCUCUCUCUCUCUCUCUCUCUCUCUCUCUCUCUCUCUCUCUCUCUAUCACACACACACACACACACUGAUCAACUGGUACUGGUUCUAGCUGUCUAGGUUUUGACGUGGAACCGUUUUCCCGGGUUCUCUGACAAAGGACUUUUUACCGUCCCAAAAGAUGCAGAGGAUUGAUGUUGAUGAUGAAGAUGAAGUGAAUGCUACAUCAUAUUGUUCCUUCUUCUAUUCUUCUUUACUGUACUACUACUACUCCUACUACUACUGAUGUUUUUAUAUAUAUGUCUGAAUAUUAUGAUUAUUAUAGUGUUGGUGGGAGAAUCUUUAGUGUAGCACUCCUAAAGCUUUAGCAGAACUAGAGCAUGGACCAAAUCACACCCUAUUCGCUACAGAGCGAGUGCACUACUGGCCAAAUGUAGUAUACUAUAUGGGGCCUAAUCCCCAUAUUGUAGUGCAAUACUACUGACCAAAAGCAGUGCACUAUAUGGGGGAAAGGGGCUACUUCCCAAAUGGCAACCUAUUCCCUACAUUGUGCACUA